ACUCUUAAAGUCACAAAAAUAGCAGCAAGAUUAAUGGGUCUAUUCUCCUCACCCGAAGCCAGCAGGGUCCGAAAGGAAAAGCCCGUCACAGCUCGUAGCAUUACUCUGGUUGGAAGCUGUGGAAUUCAUUCCUUGUUUGAAGAGUAAGAACGUGAAGAGGGUUAGAAGUGUUGUUGUUGGAGAAUUUAUGCUGUGGUGAAAGAAGAGUCUGAUAAAAGGGCGGUUGGAAGUGAAGCUGGGGUUUUCGAGAAUGAGUUAGAGUUUAAGCCAUCUUUUAGUGAGUAUUUGAACGCUAUGGAGUUGAUUAAAAGUGACCGUGGGAUGCAACAAGCUAGUAAGUUGGGUAGAGAUAGAAUGAGGGAUGCUUUGAAGGGAAAGUAUAUGUCAAAAACAGCGUCUUUGGGGAGAGAUGGUGAAAAGGUUAUUUCUGAGGAUGUUGGGUGUGAAGACUUGGGUGGAAAUGGUGAUGGAGUAGCUCGGGGUUAAGUUGCAGAUAGAGGUAAGUUUCAUCGUGAGGGGAGUGUAAUUAGAAAAUCAAAGGAUAAAUUUAGUGGCAAUGAGAGUUGGGUAGAUGCGAAUGUGAAGAGGACAAUGAAAAGGGAGAUAGAAGGUAGAAGAUAGUCACGUUAUCAAAAUAAUACUGUAGAGCCAGAGUUAAAAGACUCUUAUGCUUUGAGAGAAAAGUAUAUGUCAAAAACAACGCUUUUGGGGAGAGAUGAUGAAAUGGUUAAACUGAUGGAUGAAAAAGUGAUUUUGGAAGAUGUUAGGUGUGAGGAGUUGGGUGGAAAUGGUGAUGGUGUAGCUCGGGGUGAAGAUGUAAACAGGGGUAAGUUUCAUCGUGAGGGAAGCGUAAUUAGAAAGUCAAAGGAUAAAUUUAGUGGCAUUGAGAGCUGGGUACGUGCAAAAGGGAAGAGGACAUGAAAGGGGAGACAGAAGGUAGAAGAUGGCUGUGUUAUCAAAAUAAUACUGUAGAGUCAGAGUUAAAAGACUCAUAUUCUGAUAAAGGUAAAAAGUUUCAGAAGGCACGAGAUAAUCCUGUGGUAUUGCUCAAUGAAAACUGGAGUGCUGGUACUGGUAAUAUAAAAGCAGGCCUACUUCAUGGCAAAAUUUCCUCAGAAAUGUUUGGAACAAAGGGGAAAACUUUGGAAAGGACAAAAUUGCUGCUAGAAGCCAUGUUGUGAGGAAUCACAUCCAAGUUCAGAAAACACUGAUGGUGAAUAUUGAUAGAGUGAAAAAUUAACUAGUAGCAGAAAGUAACUUCCCUGAAAAAUCGGUUCAAGCCUCUGUCACGCUUGUAAAACUUUGAAAAAAUUGCUUACAAAAAAAAAAAUUCCUUAAAAGAGACAAUGACAGAAGUUGGGAGAUGGAAAGUGCUGCCUUUGAGUUUGUGGAAGAAGGAAAUGAUUUUAUGGACAAGCCAAGAGUUCCAUGGGUGGAUAUGGAGGAGAGAAUUCAGGAAUCAGCAAGGCAGUUAAAUGGUGCAAAUAUUGAUGUGCCUGAGUGGAUGUUCUCUAAGAUAAUGCGGAGUGCAAGGAUCAAGUUUUCAGAUCAUUCUAUAUUGAGGGUUAGCCAGAUAUUGGGUAAAUUGGGAAACUGGAGGCGGGUUCUACAAGUAAUUGAGUGGCUGCAGAUGUGAGAAUGCUACAAAUCCCACAGGCUCAAAUUCAUUUACACAACUGCACUUAAUGUACUUGGAGGCACUCAAUGUAUUUCAUGCAAUGCAGCAUCAAAUGCCCUCAUAUCCAGACUUGGUGGCUUAUCACAGCAUUGCUGUCACUCUGGGACAGGCUGGGCACAUUAGGGAACUUUUUGAUGUAGUAGAUACCAUGCAAUCUCUUCCCAAGAAAAAGUUCAGAACUGGAAUACGUAAGGGAUGGGACCUACAACUGGAACCUGAUAUUGUUGUCUACACUGCGGUCUUAAAUGCUUGUGUCAAGCGGAAAAAUUGGGAAGGAGCAUUUUGGGUUUUGCAGCAAAUAAAAGAAAAAGGUCAGAAGCCUUCUGCUUCAACAUAUGGACUGGUUAUGGAGGUGAUGUUGGCAUUUGGAAAGUACAACUUGGUGCAUGAUUUUUCCAGGGAAGUGCAGAAGUCUUUUAUUCCAAAUGCUUUAGUAUAUAAAGAAAAGAUAUUAAGGUCGCAGGCAAGCCUUUGGUGGUAACUUACACUGGAUUAAUUCAAGCUUGUCUGGGCUCUGGGAACAUUGAAAACGCUGCAGAGAUCUUCAGCCAAAUGAAGGGCUUCCGCUCUCCCAAUCUAGUUGCUUGCAGCAUAAUGUUGAAAGCUUAUCUGGAAAAUGGUUUCUUUGAGGAAGCAAAGAAGCUCUUCCAGAAGGGGCCCUGCUAACAGGGGUCUAGUGGUACCGGAUAUCUGCACAUUCAACACCAUGUUAGAUGCAUGCAUUGCAGAGAAGAGAUGGGAUGACCUUGAGCAUGUAUAUAAAAAAGUGUUGCAGCAUGGAUUCCAUUUCAAUGCAAAACGCCAUAUCCAAAUGAAAUUGGAUGCUUCAAGAGCUGGAAGGGUAGAGCUACUGGAAACAACUUGGAAGCACCUUGUGCAGGUGAACCAGGUAGAUAAGCAAUUUGAAAUAUCAUCAAGUCAUUGAGUAAUUUACUCUUGUAAUUCAAAAUUUUUUUAUCAUAUGAUAAUAUGUUAAUUUAUUUGUAUCCAUCAAUAAUAACUGUUUGUAUAUGAAGUAUUAGUAUAUAAUAUUGUCUUUUGAAUGAUAAAA